AUGGACGAGGCAACUGAAUCAUAUAUUAUGCUACUCCUUGCGGAUGGAAACCUACCGACAGGAUCCUUCGUAGCAUCCUCAGGACUAGAAUCGUAUCUCAAACAUGGUUUCUUCGGGAACACCUUAUCAAAUUCCGACACAUCAUCUUCUGCUGCACGCACAAACCAAGCAAUAAUAAAUUUCGUAGAGGAUAAUUUAGGCUCUUAUGCUCAUAGUGCACUUCCUUUCGUUUCUGAUGCGCAUAUAGCCAUUGCGAGCUAUCGCGAGCAGCUUGGACCUGGGAACAGCCGUGAUGCCCACGAACUUAUUUUACGCCGUUUGACAUCGCUCGAUGACCUGUAUCACUCGAUGACUCUCAACACUGUCACACGAAGGGCUUCAAAAGCGCAGGGUGUAGCACUGCUCACCCUCUUUUCGAAAGGUCUUACGAAACCUCAGUUCAUUCCAUCCGAUAGCAAGUCAGAAAUGACGAGCAUUCAGGAAGACAGCAUCCUUCACCUAGUAGCUGAUUAUAAGCUCAGAGUUCGCAGGGAAGAUGCAGAAGGGCACCUCCCUAUAUGCUGGGGCAUACUAACAGCUGCCCUAGGGUUGAGUCUUGAAAGGUCACAAUACCUUCACCUAUUCCUCCAAGCUCGUUCACUCCUCUCAGCGGCAAUUCGCCUCAAUUCUCUGGGACCAUAUGCCGCACAGCAGAUUCUUCUCCAUGUAGUCAAGGACCUUGUUGAGAAACAGAUGAAAACUUGCCAGGAUUUGAGAUCGGGGCUACAGCCAUCUGAUGGGGGAGAAGACGGCGAAGUCAUUAAUAACUUGCGAUGUGCUGCUACAACUUGGCCUCUUGGAGAAAUCCUUGCAGCUCGACACGAUUUGCAGCAUUCAAGAAUUUUCAACAGCUAG